AGCCGCUUUGAGACUCCUUAAAGGGAGUGAAAGGCGGGAUAUCAAAUCCAAACUCUUCUUCUCCAAACUCUUCUAUGGUAAGUAUGGCAACCAUAGUGCCAUCCAGAUAUUUUAAGAUAACAACUCCAUCACCCUUGCCCAUUAUCAUGCUGUCUGGGAAUUUGAAGUCCAUAACAUCUGGAUGACACCAUAUUCAAUUCUAAUCCAACCUAGACCAACCAAUGGUCAGGGAUGCUGGGAGUUGUAGUCUUCAAUACCUGGAAAGAACCAUGUUGGGCUACCCUUGCUAAUGGUAAACAAAUUAUUGCCUGCAGAUUAGCUGAUCCUCAGCUAUAGAGAGAGAGGUUUUGUGGGAUGGGGAAGAGUUCAGGGGAAGAGUUCAAGGGAAUUAUUAUUAUUAAGGGAAUUAUUAUUAUUGUUGUUGUUUUUAUUAUUAUAGAAUCUCAUUCAUGGGGACAGAGAAACAGCAAUUUGAUGUAUUUAAUCUCACUUUAGUAGCAGGCAUUGUUUGAUCUACAGACAUUUUUUCUUUUCUUUUUUUAACUGUUGUUUUCUGCAUUUAUGUUUAGUUUUUUUGAAUGGUACAAGUUUUUAUAAACGUUUGCGUGAAGCAAGAAGAGGAGAGAUGGCAUCUACAAAACAAAAGAUGAGCAAGAACAAAGAUGAUGCUCCCCAUGAAUUGGAGAGCCAGUUUAUACUGAGACUGCCUCCGGAACAUGCUUCUACUGUGCGGAGGGCAGUCCAGUCUGGAAGUGUCAACUUGAAGGACAGGCUCACCAUAGAAUUGCAUGAUGGCCGCCAUGGGAUUGUGCGAGUAGACCGGGCCCCAUUAGCCGCCAAGCUGGUGGACUUGCCUUGUAUCACAGAGAGUUUAAAAACAAUCGAUAAGAAGACUUUCUAUAAGACAGCAGAUAUCUGCCAAAUGCUUGUGUGCACUGUGGAUGGUGAACUAUACCCUACUCAGGAAGAGCCAGCUCCAGCGACUACUGAUGCUAAAACUCCUUCAAGUAGUGAUGUCAAAGCCAAUAAGAAGAAAGACAAAGACAGAGAGAAGAAGUUCCUCUGGAAUCAUGGCAUUACUCUCCCACUGAAGAAUGUGAGGAAGAGGCGGUUCAGGAAGACAGCUAAGAAGAAGGCCCAGUACAUUGAGUCUCCAGAUGUGGAAAAGGAAGUGAAGCGCCUGCUGAGCACAGAUGCUGAAGCUGUCGGAGUCCGCUGGGAGGUCAUUGCCGAAGAUGAAACAAAAGACCCUGACAACCAUGGUUCACUCACAAGCUUGGAUAUUUCUUCUCCUGGGAUGUCUGGACACAAACCAAGCCAUGGUACUGCAGCGAUAGAACAUGCUGAGCUCCGGGAGAUGUUUAAGGAUGUCAGCAGUACCAGCAGUGAUGAGGAGGAGAGGGAUGACCUGAACAUCAUGGACACAGAAGAAGACUUAGCGAGGAGACUGCAGUGCAAGCUGAAUGAAUCAGAUGGGCAACAGCAAGAAAAUGAAGGGUCCAACCAGAUAGCCAUGGGAAUCCAGAAGCAGAUCGACAACCUGAAAGACAAGUUGCAGGAGACCCAGGACCGCAGAAAGCGCCAAGAAGAUCUCAUCAUGAAAGUAGAGAACCUAGCUCUCAAGAAAAGUACAGGAGCAACAGCCACAUUUCCUGCCCAUCUUGUUUUCCAGACCCGCCUCCAAGCUGUGCUGGAUGAAUUCAAACAGCAGGAAGAGCUAGAGAAGCAGCAGCUGGCCUCUCUUCAAGAGCAGCUAGAAGCCCUUAUGGAAAAGUGAGUCCGGCUUUGACACACCAAGCAGUACAGCUGUGAUGCCAACCGAAAAGCUCCAGAGCCUGCCUGCCUGCCUUUGGGGGGGGGCUUUUUAAUUCACCAGUGUUAGAUGGAUUUGGUUCUAUGGCUGGGAAGCAGAUCCCUGUCAGUUUUUGAUGUUUUAUUUGCACAAGGGACUGGCGUUUUGCAGGUAAUGGACCAGACAUGUGGACAGAAAGUACCAUCACUUGAGGGGAAGACACUGGUUCCCUCGAGCACACACACAUGGUCGGUCUCCUGAUGGAGAUAGAAAAGUCUUAAUUACAGUCUUGGUCCUUAAAAUUUAUUACAAUUUGCUAGAAGCUACCUAGAGUGGCUGGGGCAACCCAGCCAGACAGGCUGCAUAGAAAUAAUGAUUUUUUAAUAUAAUUUAAAAAAAUAAUUUAAUUAUUUUACUUUAUGCUGAGCCAGCAUGCAACAUUCUCAUUUUUAUUUUUUAUUUUAAAAAAGCAGCUUAUGCUCCUAAGAGUAGUGUGAAAUUAUUUCUUUCCUGGAAGAGAGUUAUUAGGGCACAGUGCAGAAGCGACUUGUGAGAAGGAAAACACCACUGUUCCCAUUCUUCAUAUACUGGCAUGUGUUGUCUGUAAGAGGUUAACCUACAAAAUAACAGCAAAUAAAAAUGUAUGUUUAUUGUAA